GAUGCUAUUUUUUAUUCGUGCGACCCAGCCACAGUUGGUUUUCUGGCCACCCUCUCUUACAUUACUGGGGUUGCAAGUGCGUUGUGGCUGUGGCCGAAAUUGAAACUCGUAAUAGAAGCUGGACGAUGUUUCUGGAGCUAUAAAUUUCGUAAUCCAACGUGGUUGGAGCCUCUUCACCUUCGUAACGCUAGGGGAGCACUCAUGGGUAUUGGGAAAUUUACUAAUAUUUCGAGUGAAGAGAAUAGGAAUACUCUUUUACUACUUUCACGAUCUAAUUAUGCUUUAUUAUACGAUACCAAACUUCGUAUGCCGUUAUGGUGUGGUUUUUAUCUUACCCAAAGUCAGGUAAAAGCUGCACGACGGUAUCCCCGUUUUUGCGUUUGUCUAAUGGAUAGAACACUCCCAGAAGAGGCUCGGGUCACCUCUACGGAAAUGCAAAGAAGGAAUUUUGAUAAGGGACACAUGGUUCCUCAUGCAUCUGUUGCAUCUUGUAAUAGAAGUAGAAUAGAAUCAUCGUUACUUUCAAGUUUUGUUUUACAACAUAAAUGCGUUAAUCGGGGAGUGUGGAAGCGUUUAGAGCAUCUUUCGCGAUCUUAUGUUAUGGGGAAAUCAUCGAACGAUUUUGAUAAAAAAAAAAAGAAUAAAAAAAAAAAUGAUGAAAACUUUUUAUUCUCCUUAAUGAACCCAAGUAAAAGGAAAGGACCCAGGUGUUUGGCAGUUUCAACAGGAGUUUUGUUCAGUAAAGAAAAAAAAACUUUAGAUUAUUUAUUUCAAACUGAAAAAGAAAAAAAAACUAUUCUUGUUCCAGAUGAACUAUACCUUGCUUUGUGGGAUGUGCAUUCUCAGAAACAUGUUUCUUUUAUUAUACCGAAUGAUGAGACAGUUGUUACUAUGUCCACAAAGAAUAAUUUCUCAACAGGAAAAAGAAAAAGAUGCUUAAAUGAAACAUCUAUUCAAGUGGUAAAAGAAAUGGGAUUACAACAUCAGAAAAGAGUGUUAAAGGGAAUUAAAAAAACUAAUAAUGAGUCAUCUUUUUUCGAAUUAAAUCGUUUUCGUGUUGAACUGGAAGAGCUAGAGCAACGUAUCACCAUAUCGGAGGGCCUAAUCGCAGAAAAACUAUUUCCAUUUUCUACCCAUAGAAAAACUCUGUAUUCAUCCCGUGAAAUAAACAAAGCCAAUGAGCAACGAACAACUUUGUUGUGUGAAAUGUCAAGGGUAGAGCUGUUUCCACUACAAAAACGAAAUCAGGCAUUGAGAAAAAAAAUACUUCGGGUUCUCCAGCCACAAUUUUUUAUGAUGUGGGUAAGAGGAAGAAGAGUAAAAGCAUAG